AUGACCACUCCACGAAGUGAUGCAAGUAAUGCGAGAAAGCGUAAUGCUAGAAAGAAACGUGACAAAAUUAUAAAGGAUAAAGACAAAAAGAUCGAGUAUUACAGAAAAAAAUCUGAGAAGUAUAGGAAGAGAUUAGAACGUUUGGAAAAAGCUAAGACAAAGAAAAAUGUAGACACACCUAACACUAAACUGACCGAAAUGUGUGAUUCGCCAGGAGCUCGCAGAGAAGUAGUCAAAAAAGGCGCUAUUCGGUGA